CUGGGACUUUGGGGCCUUCAGGAGACUCGGCCACCUAGUAUGAGAGACUCACCUCAACUUCUCAAGGUUUGCCCACCAAUUCCUAGAUCCAGGCACAUAUGUGUUUCGAGACAACAGGCUGCCUGAGAGCAUCGUCGUGGUACUGGUGAAGAAGAAAGGAAUGGCCUGCGAUCCCGGCCUGUCCCCUGUGCAGCCCUCUUCCCCAUAUCAGCUUGCCAGGCAUGGGGUUUUCAGGCACAGACUGCCAAACCUGGGCCCAGACUGGACAGUGAUUACAGGAGUGCUGCUGGCUGUUGGCUUGGCAACCGUGCUGCUGACAGGCCUGGACCUUGUGUUGAGACCCUCCCUGGCCCAGGCCUGCCCCAUAAGGGCUUGGAGGCCCCAGUGGAGGGGUCUUGGGGAGCCUCAUAUGCCUGCUGAGUAUGUGCCUCUCAGGGACAGGAGAACCACUCCCCUUGAAGACUUUGGAGAACUUCAGUGUCCACACUCUCUAUGACAAGCUAGAGGACCAGAGCCUACACAUGGCCGCCCAGCUGAGCAAGCACAGGAGCGAGGCACUGGCCUUCUAUAAGGGUGCCAGCCAGCAGCUCCAGGGGCUCAAGAACCUUCUGAAGCACCUUGGCACAACUGAAUGGCAAGCUCUGGACACAGGUGGAGACCCAGAGGUGGAGGCCAAUGUUGAUGCCAGGACAGACACUGAGCAGAGUGAGGAAUCAUGGGGCCUCCAAACUGCAACUUCACCCAGGGAGUCCUGGCAGCUUCCUCUAGGCUGCACCCCCAGUGUCACACCCCUGGGCUUUCAGCUGGAGCUUGACAGAGUGAUUGUGGAACUGGCUUUGGCACUCUCUCAUGCACAUGAGCAACCAGCAGGGGGCAGCAGAAAGGUUGGUGAAGAGCCUCUUCCUACCUAUCAACGAAACCGUCAACUGACAAGUAACAUGCCCCUGAAGCCACAGCCUCCACCCUCAGAUGAAGAGCACCAAAGUACGAGCUUCCAGCAGGAACUGGGACCUGGACAGCUUCCCCAGCUUGCUGCCAAAGGAGGAGGUACCGAGAGCCCAGGUUCUAGGUUGUCUGGACACAGAUGUGGAGCCUUUCCUGAGAUGCAGAGAAAGAUAUGGCAGGUGGAAGACACUUUGGAUGAGCUGAAUGAGGAGUUCUUCCAGCUCACUGCUCAAGCCCUAGAACUCCAGAAGGAAAAGGACAAACCAGGCCAAUUGCCCCCAAGUGAAGGCAAUGCAUUUGUGGAGGUUUCCAGCAUCUUCCCUUGUGGGCAGCAAGAAGACAGACCUUACUCAGCCGAGGCAGGUGGCCCAGUUGGAAAGAAUCUGGAGUCCUGGGCCUUGCAGAGAGAGGAGGCCCUGAUGCUGGGAGUGAGAAGAACUCACCUGGCUCAGAGGAUUGAAGACUUGGAGUGGGAGCUGUCUCUGCUCCUCCAGGUGGCAGAUGGCAGUGUGAGGAGGGAGCUGGCCCAGCCUGAGGAGAUGCUGAGUCACACAGGAUGCUGUAGUGGCCAUCUGUAGGAAGGAGUACCUUCUCCAGGGAGAGCACAACAAGGUUAAUCCAUUCAUUCCUGGUAGGAAGGAGUGGGUGUUUCAGGGGCCACCGGGGCCUGGAACAUGUGCUCAGAUUUAUGACAUGGUCCUUUUGGGCAACACCCAAAUUUUUUUCAGAGCCUGAACCUUGACUUGUGCU